AAAAUUUAAACCAUUUAUUAUUAAGCCUUUAGUAUUAUUAGAAGCCAUGGCUAUUGAGAAAUACGAUAUGUCUGUUAGCUCUAAAGAUUCAUCAGAUGAACUUUGUGUUAAAUUUCAGAAGACUUUAAAUUUAAAGACAGAAUUCUUAAUUUUAAGUUCUAUUCAAACAAGUAUCUUUGUUGAAUGGGAGAAAAAGUUCUUGUCAUGCCCAAAAAAUAGACUUGCUUUAUCAGCAGUUUCAAAUGGUGAUUUAUCAAGUAUUAUAUUCCAGAGAGAAGCAGCUAUUUUGAAUAAUAAUCAUGUUUAUUCUGAUAAAAUUGAAUUUGAGGGAUCACCAGUUACAUAUCAGAGAAAAUCAGGACGAUGCUGGCUUUUUGCAGUGACAAAUGUUAUAAGAGUUGGAUUUAUGAAGAAAUAUAAUCUUUCUGAAUUUGAGUUUUCUCAGGCGUAUCUUUUCUUUUAUGAUAAACUUGAGAAGGCAAAUUUUUUUCUGGAGAAUAUUCUUAAAACAUCAGGAGAUGCUCUUGAUUCACGAGUUGUGAGCUUUUUAUUAUCAGAACCUAUUAAUGAUGGUGGACAAUAUGAUAUGAUUGUUAAUUUACUUAAUAAAUAUGGAUUAGUUCCUAAACAUAUUUAUCCUGAUGCGUAUAAUGCUAAAGAUAGUGCUGCACUUAAUCGUAUAAUUAAGACUAAGUUGCGUGAAUAUGCCUUGAUUUUAAGAAAUUUGGUUGCAGGGAAUGCUACUACAACAACAAUUUCAUCUUUUAGGGCUAAAAUGAUGGAAGAAAUAUAUGUUAUUUUAGCUAUUUCUCUUGGUAUACCUCCUAAGCCAGAUGAUGAGUUUACAUGGUUGUAUGUUGAUAAGGAUAAUAAAACACAUUCAUGUAAAGCAACGCCUAUAUCAUUUUAUAGGGAAUUCUCUGAAUUUAAAGCUGAUGAAUAUAUUUCUCUUAUCAAUGAUCCAAGGAAUGAAUAUGGAAAAAUGUAUACUGUAGACAUGUUAUCUAACAUGGCUGGUGGAAUUGGUAUACGAUAUCUUAACACCAAGAUGGAAACUCUUAAGGAAGUUGCAAUUAAUAUGAUUAAGAAAAAUAUGCCUAUAUUUUUCGGUGCGGAUUCUGGAAAGUAUAUUGAUCGUCAAUCCGGUAUCUUUGAUAUUGCACUGUUUAAUUAUGAACUUGCCUUUAAUGUCAAAUCAAAUCUUUCAAAGGCUGAUAGAUUAAGGACUGGAGAAAGCUUAAUGACACAUGCUAUGGUUAUUACUGGGGUUCAUAUUGAAGACGGAAAAUCUGUAAAAUGGAGAGUUCAGAAUUCAUGGGGUGAAGAUGUUGGACAAAAAGGAUGGUUUAUGAUGACAGAUGAUUGGAUGACCGAGUUCGUUUAUCAAAUUGUAUGUCAUCAAAGCGAUCUCUCUGAAGAAUUGCAAUCUGUUCUUAAACAAACACCUAUUGUUUUACCUCCAUGGGACCCUAUGGGCUCUUUGGCAUAAAUAUCAAAAUGAAAUAUAAUUAAGCUUAUAUUGAUU